AUGCCGAACCAGACUGAGAUGAGCGAGUUCAUCCUCCUUGGCCUGACCAACCAACAGGAGCUGGGGUGCUUCCUCUUCAUUCUCUUCCUGAUGCUUUACUUGGCCAGCAUGCUGGGGAAUGGGGCCAUCGUGGCCAUGGUAAUGGCUGAACCCCGGCUUCACACUCCCAUGUACUUCUUCUUGGGCAACCUCUCCUGUCUGGACAUCUUCUACUCAACAGUUACUGUGCCCAAGAUGCUGGCUGGUUUUCUCUCAGGGUACCAGACCAUUUCCUUCACUGACUGCCUGGCUCAGCUCCAUUUCUUCCACUUCUUGGGCAGCAGUGAGGUCAUUCUUCUGGCUGUCAUGGCUUAUGACCGCUAUGUGGCCAUCUGCAACCCGCUUCGCUACAUGCUGGUCAUGAAUUCACACGUCUGCCUGCUCCUGGCAGCAGCCACCUGGACCACCGGCUUCCUACAUGCCCUGCUGCACACGGUCAUGUCCUCCCGACUGCACUUCUGUGGCCGCAACCGUGUUCACCACUUUUUCUGUGAUAUCAAGCCCCUGCUGAGCCUGGCCUGCAGCAGCACCCGCCUCAACCUGAGCCUCCUCAACAUCGUUACUGGGACCAUCGCUCUGACUCCCUUCAUCAUCACACUCCUCUCCUACCUCUACAUCAUCUUCUUCCUCUUCCUGAAGCUCCAGUCAUGGGAGGGCAGGAGAAAGGCCUUUUCCACCUGCACCUCUCACCUCACCGUGGUGGCACUGCUCUAUGUGCCGGUCCUCUUCAAUUAUAUGCCACACUCCAUGGGAGGCUCCUCAGAAAGGGAGAUGAUCAUCACCCUCAUAUACACCAUCGUCACCCCAGUUUUGAACCCCCUGAUCUACACCCUGAGGAACCAGGAGGUGAAAUCUACCCAGAGGAAAGCACUGGAAAGAAAUCUUCUCCCUGGGAAAAAAUGA